UCAAUUACCUCUUGUAGGAGUAGGACCGCCUACUCUCUCUCUUCUGAAUCUUGAGAUGGGAGAGAGAGAGAAAGAGAGAGGUCCACUUACCGCCUAACCUGCAAUAGUGUAGUAAUGCAACAACAUCAGACUUGAUAUAAUCUUCACCAUAUAAGUCUACAGUAUUCAGGCAUCCAUAUAUAUCUUCUCUGAUCAGUUUCUAUACAGGUAUUAAUAUCUCUGAGUAGCUUUUUUUAAUUGCUACUACAUCACAACAGAGAGAGAAAGAGAGGGAGAGAGAACAGUAUCCUUCAGUUUCAAAAGAAGGGUGCAAAAUGGCUGCAGCAACAGGUCAAAGCAAAGUCUUUGUCAUCUCAAUAUCUUACCUAUUCUUAUCUUCACUUAUCGGCAUUCUUGCUGCUGUACCACCAAAACAACAAGAACUCGAUCGAAUUGCUUCUCUUCCAGGACAACCACCAGUGACAUUUUCACAGUUUUCAGGCUAUGUUACUGUCAAUGAGAAACAUGGCCGAGCUCUCUUCUACUGGCUGACGGAAGCUACUACAGUUCCAGAGAAGAAACCUCUUGUUCUUUGGCUCAAUGGAGGGCCAGGUUGCUCAUCUGUUGCAUAUGGAGCAUCAGAGGAAAUUGGACCAUUUCGGAUUAAUAAAAAUGGCUCGUCCCUUUAUCUGAACAAGUAUUCAUGGAAUAUAGAAGCAAAUAUUCUGUUCCUUGAAUCACCUGCUGGGGUUGGAUUCUCUUACACAAAUACAAGCUCCAAUAUUAAAGACACCGGAGACAAUCGGACAGCUCUGGAUGCUCAUAUAUUUCUCAUCAGAUGGAUGUCAAGAUUUCCCCAAUACAAACACAGAGAAUUUUACCUUGCCGGCGAAAGUUAUGCAGGGCAUUAUGUUCCUCAGUUGGCCAAGAAAAUCCAUGAUUAUAAUAAGGCCUAUUCGCGUCCGAUCAUCAAUCUUAAAGGAUUUAUUGUUGGAAAUGCUGUUACAGACAAUUACUAUGACAGCAUUGGAACUGUUACAUUUUGGUGGACCCAUUCCAUGAUAUCUGAUAGAACCUACACAGCCAUCAUCAAAUAUUGCAACUUUACAGCUGAGAAAAGUUCUAAGAAAUGUGAUGGUGCUGUCAGUUAUGCCAUGAACCACGAGUUCGGAGACAUUGAUCAAUACAGCAUUUAUACUUCAUCUUGCUUGGUAUUAACAACCAAUUCAGAAAGGCAUAUAAGGCUCAAAAAUACUCUUUUGCAUAGACGCGUUUCAGGGUAUGAUCCGUGUACUGAAAAUUAUGCCGAGAAAUACUAUAAUCGGCCAGACGUGCAAAGGGCUAUGCAUGCAAAUACUACUGGAAUUCCUUAUAAAUGGACUGCUUGCAGUGAUGUUCUCAUCAAAAACUGGAAGGAUUCUGAUAAUUCCAUCUUACCGAUAUACAAAGAGCUGAUUGCAGCAAACCUAAGAAUUUGGGUUUUCAGUGGAGACACAGAUUCAGUUGUACCUGUGACUGCCACCAGGUUUUCCCUUAGCCAUCUGAACCUCCAUAUCAAAACUCCAUGGUAUCCUUGGUACUCUGGCAGCCAGGUCGGAGGAUGGACAGAAGUUUAUGAAGGACUAACUUUUGCAACAGUCAGAGGAGCUGGCCAUGAAGUUCCACUAUUUCAACCCGGGAGAGCUUUCAUUCUUUUCAGAUCGUUCUUGGCGGGGAAAGAAUUGCCGAAGUCUUAAUGAACUUCUUAAGAAAAUAGGAAAAGAUCAAUUAUUUCAGCUUUCAAGUUUGUUGAGCAAAUGCAAAUCUACCAGUCAAGAGCAAAAUCCCCUUUUAAUUAAUUUAUGGGUGAUUAGUGUUAGGAAUGAUUCAUUCAAAUUAGGAUGUCUUGUUAUUUACUUAAAGAUUGUCAGUUCUAUUCCAGUUCAUGGUCGGGCAAACCCGGAAUGAGGGAAACCGAACUAGAAUUUUUUAAUUUAUAACACUGUCGAAAAUCUUGAGCGCAAGCACUUAAAAACUUCUAAGAGGAAAUGGAGCAUUAAUCCAUUUUGCAUUUCAAGUUUUCACCUUGAACAAUGACAAAAUGCCCUCAGCACUUUUUGCUUGCCAGGAAAACAGGAUUGUAACAAGAUGAUUUCACGCUUCAUUUUCCACUGAGGUAGCAUGGGCGAUACAAACAUUGCAUUCUCCUCCACUGUAAGCAUUCAAAAUACUUAAACCUAAACCCUAAACCACGAAAUCAACCUUACCCUGAAACAACCCUCAAAGAAAUAAUAGUAAUGUCAAUGGCCUGUUAGCCAAAAGCUCGUUGUCACGUCAUGAACGUUUCAUGUCUCUGGUACUAAUUCCCAACUACAAUCAUGAGGAACAGAACUAGAGUUGCAUGCUUCUGUCUGUUGUCUACCAUCCAAAGGUCAACUAGUUCUGCAGAGAUACCCAGUCUCAGAGCUGCCUUGUAGAGCGUGCAUGUAUUCGUAUUUAGAAGUCUCACUUUCUUGUACGAGACCCUUGACCAUCUACGAAGUACAAGGCUUCGAGCCAAAAAGG